UUGUGUGAAAUUUUUAGUGUGUAACGUCCUUUAUACAGUCCACUUUAUUAUUUACUUAUGACGUUUUAAAAUUUAGUGAAAAAAUUUUCAUAAGUAUUUCAUGUAAAUAACAACAAAAAUAAAAAUGAGUAAACGUGAUGAUGAUGAUGACGAUGAAAAUUUUGCAACAUUUGGAGAAGCAUUAGAAGAAUUGGAAGAAGAUACUUUGCGAAGGAAAAAACCUAUAACUGUAGAGGAUCAGUAUGCUCUAGAUGCUCAAGGAAGACGUAGGUUUCAUGGAGCAUUUACUGGUGGUUUUUCAGCAGGAUAUUUUAAUAGUGUUGGCACAAGAGAUGGAUGGAGGCCACAACAAUUUAAAUCAUCACGUAAUAUUAAAGCUGAUAAUGUUUUACAACGUCCACAGGAUUUUAUGGAUGAAGAAGACACUGGAGAGUUUGGUAUCGCACCCACUGGUAUACGAGCUACUGUAGAUUUUAGUGAUCGAUCUGAGAGAGGAAAAAAACGAAGAAGAGAGCAAACUGAUCCUAACCAACCUAUUCCUGGAGUGCCUGUACUCAAAGAGCUAUUAAAGCCAGUCACUUACACAAUGGGUGUUACUUUAUUGAAAAAAAUGGGUUGGAAACCAGGUCAAGGUGUUGGACCAAGAUUAGCUAAAAAAGAAAAAGAAAAAAUUUAUGAAAAAAAUGUUAAGAAAAAAGUUUAUGGAUGUACAUUACCUGGUCGAGAACUUAAUACUUGUGAUAGUAAUUCUGAAAAUUCUGAUAAUGACGAAGAAAUAUUAUUUGCACCUGAUGAUUAUGAACCUUUUAGGUGUAAUCCUAAAGAUAAUUAUUUUGGUAUCGGGUAUAGUGGAUUAGAACGACAAUCUGUUCUUUCUAAUCACUUGAAUCUUUUUGAUACAACAACAUUUACAAUGAAAGAUAAAAAUAAGAAACUUUCAAUUCGAGGUCAGGCUUUUGGUGUUGGUGUUUUUGAAGCCGAUGAUGAAGAUAUUUACUCAUCAACAGAUAUGUCUAAUUAUGAUUUUUCACUUGGUUCUGAAACAAAAAAAACAAAUCGACGGUCUAAUGAAAAAAAAUAUGAUACUUCAAAAGAUAAUUGUAUAUACGGGUUUGUUUUAGCGAAGAAUUGUUUGAAAAGAAAAAAAAUUUUUGAUCCGCCAUUAUUACCAAGAGAUUUCAAUCCAGUUCACCGAAUAAGAAAAAGUCGAUUUUCUUCUAUUGUUGAAGUAGAUGAUAAUAAACAAAAAUCUUGUUUUAGACAAGAACUAAAUGCUCAAGAUAGAUUUAAUAUAUUAGACGCAUCACCAAAUGCUUCUACAUCUAGUGUUAAUAAAACUGAAAUAUUAAAUCUGAGUGAAACUUCUAAAACUGUCAAUUUUGUAGAGAGUCAGAAGUUAAAAGUUAAACCAUCAUGGAUGGAUAAAUUGAAUACGUCCAAUUUUUUAUCUGGAGGUGUUGAAGGAAGUACUAAAAAUUUUACAGAAACAAUACAGAGCUCAGAGAAGUUACCAAAAAUAUGUCUAUUAAACCAAGAGGAAACUUUAGAAGAUUUUAAAUCUAAUGAAGAUGGAGAUAAAAAUUACAUUACGAAAAGUUUUACUGACCCAGAAAAACAAAAGAGGUUUGAAAAAUUUUUAAAUGAUUUUAAUGAUAAAGAAAAAUUAUUGAAUUUUCAUAGUAAAUGUGCGUCAGAUGAAGAGUUUAAGGAAUUUACUCAAGUUGCACAGUCAUUUGAAAAACCAGAAAAAUCGGUUCCUGAAGAUAAACAAUUUGUUAGUAAAGCUGUGGAGAAUAAUUCGAAUUUAGAUCCUGAAGAUCAAAUGAUUAAAGCAGCAAAAAUGAAUAUGUUUGGAAAAUUAACAAGAACAAUUGAAGUUUGGCAACCAGCCAGUGUUGUUUGUAAGCAAUUAAAUAUACCUGAGCCGUUUGGUAAAAGUAUGAAAGUAGAACCACAAAAACGUAAAAAAUAUUCAAUAUUUGAAUCUUUUAAUAUUCUUAACACUAAUGAGGUUAAAUAUCAAAAAGCUACUGACACUGCUGGAAGCUUUAAAGAACCUGUUAUAAUGGAUAAAUCGUUUGAGAAAAAAGUUACGAGUAAUGAUAGUGAAAUAAACAACUUAUCAAUUUCAAAUAAAUCAGAUAUAGAAUUAGAAGUCGGUUUUAAUAAAUUGCAUGAGGAAAAUGAUAAUUUUAGAGUUUUAUCUGAUGUAGCUUCUGGAAAAGAUAAUUUAAAUAGAACUAAUUUCGCAACAGCCAGUGUAAACUCAUUAAAAACUCAAAGUUCAAACGAGGAUGAGAAUACUAAAGCAGAUAACACUCAAGUUAAAGAGAGUUCAUUAGUUGCUGUGCAAUUAGGUAAAGUUGAAGCAAAUAAAGAUUUGUUCAAAGCAAUAUUUUUGAGUAGCAGUGAUGAGUCUGAAACUGAAGAUGAUCUUGUUGAAGAUGUGGAUAAUAAUACUGUUAAAUCAUUGUUAAUUGGAAAGUCUGCAACUGAGUUAAAUAUUAAAAGGAAUACUUCACCACCACGAGGUAUCUUUGCCAAGUUAGAUUUUGAUGAUUUAAUGUCAUCUAAAAAACUUGUACAGAAAAAAAAUGAAAACAAUAUGGACUCUAAUGAAUCAACUAUUGCUGGUUAUAAAGACAAACAAAUUCAAGUAAUUGAUAUUGAAAGUUUAUCUUCAAGUGCAACUACUCAACCAGAAGUCAGUAAUUUACCUAACACUUAUGGCCCAGUUCUUCCUAAACAGCCGACAAAAGUUGAAGAUACAUCUGACAGUAGAGAAAAACAAAAGUCUAAGGUAAUUACGAAGUUGAAUAAUUCAGAGGUUUCUUUGAAAUGGGUGGAAAAAAUAAAAUCUAAGAAGUCAAAAAAAGAAAAAAAAAAGUAUAAACAUAAAGAAAAGAAAAAACGAAAAAAUCAAAAGAAAGAACGCUAGAUUAUGAUUAUUUAUUUAUACUACUAUACUCAUUAUAUGUAAAUAAUAAAAAUAAUAAAAGUGAUUUGC